GUUGUAACCUUGUAAUGUUGUAUCGAACCUCUUUAUAAUAUUUACAAUGAGUACGAUAAAACAAGAGACACAUCGACCAGGUGCGUUUAAACAAUCUAAUAAACAGCACAAAACUGGAAGACAUCGCAGUAAAAGUGCCAUCAAUAAUGAUUUCAAAGGUAAACGAAGUAUUAUCGGAAAGAUGUCUAAACGUUUUGAGAAAAAUCUUCGGAAGGAUGCACGUAGAAAUCAAUUGUUGCAACACAGAAAAAAGAAACGCGAACAAGUAAUGGCACAAAAAAGAAAUCUCGGUGGCUUUUCUUCAGCACCUAUCCUUAUCUGUGUUAUACCAUUGCAAAAUAACACAGAUAUAAAGAACAUUAUAUCUAUUGUAACUGAUAUGGAUGAAACUGCUAAUGUUGCUACUAGUUCAAAUGGAAUAACUCAUAUUAGUAUACCAAGGCUGAAACAGAGAUUUUCUAUUAUUGUACCACCAAUAGAUGACAUUUUAGCAACAUUAGAUGCAGCCAAAGUUGCUACCACAAUACUCUUUGUAACUUCUGUUGCAAAUCAAGGAAAUGAUGAUAAGCAAGAACAAAUUAUAGAUGAUUGGGGCAAGGAAAUUAUUACAUCUUGUCUUGCUCAAGGUUUACCUUCUACCAUAGUUGCAGUGCACAAUAUUCAAAGGCUUCAUAUUAAAAAACGUCAGGAAUAUAAACAAUCUGUGCAACGUGCAAUUUCAAAAUGGCUUCCCUCAGAAAAAGUAUUUGAAUUAGAUACCACAAUUGAUUGCUUAAAUAUGUUACGCCAUGCUGGAUUACAAAAGCAAAGAAGUUUAUUUUAUAAAGACAUAAGGCCAUAUCUUUUGGCUGAAGAAGUCUCCUUUGAAUGUGAUGGAGAUUCUCUUGAUUUUGGAACUCUCAUGGUCAGUGGAUAUUUACGAGGCACAACACCAUUAUCUGUCAAUGGUUUGGUUUAUAUAUCAGGUUUUGGAAACUUUCAAAUGUCUUGCAUCAAAACGUUGAAGGAUCCAUAUUUAAUUGAACAUGAGCAGAAGAGACAUCUUUCUGAUAAUAAAAUGGAAUGGGGAAAUGAAACUGAGAUCUUAACUGCAGAUCCAGAAAAGCAGGAAUCUCUUGAGAGCGAAUAUAUUCCUGAUCCAAUGGAUGCUGAACAAACAUGGCCUACGAAAGAAGAAUUAGCUGAAGCAGCAAACAAUAGAAAGAGAAAAAUUGUAAAGGUUGUGCCAAAAGGAACCUCUGAAUAUCAAGCUGCAUGGAUACCAGAUGAAGAUGGAGAAAGCCCGGGUGUAUGCUCAGAAAAUGAAUCAGAAGACAACAUGGAUAUGGAAGAGGCAAAAUCUGAAGCAGCUAGUAGUGAAGAUAUGGAAGAUGACGAACAAUAUGAAAUUAUUACGAUAUCGGAAGCACUGGAUGAGGAACGUUACAAUCAAGAUAUCGAUAUAAAUGAAGAAAAGCAAGCCAUGGAAAACUUCAAAGAAGCAAAAUUGGACGCACAAUUUCCCGAUGAAGUGGAUACACCUCAGGACACCUUGGCUAAAAUAAGAUUCCAAAAAUAUCGAGGUCUUGAAUCGUUCCGCACUAGUCCGUGGGAUCCAAAGGAAAAUCUUCCUAUUGAUUAUUCUCGGAUAAUUGAAUUCGCCGAUUAUGAUCGUAGACGAAAACGUAUUUACAAAGAAUGUAAAGAUAUCGAAGGAGUCAUGCCAGGAUGUUACAUACAAAUUUGUAUCGCUCAUGUUAGCAGAGAAACUUUCAAGGCAUUCGCUGUAAUAGAAAAUAAACCAUUAAUAGUGGUUGCUUUACUUCCAUAUGAACAUAAAAUGUCUCUUUUAAACGUCGUGUUGAAACAUACGAGCAAUUACACGCAUCCAAUCAAGUCAAAGGAAAGAUUAAUAUUUCAAUGCGGAUUUAGACGAUUUACGACAUGUCCAAUAUUCAGCCAACAUACGAAUGGUACUAAGCACAAGUACGAGAGAUACUUUCAUCCUGAAACUACAGUCGUGGCGAGUAUGUACGCACCUGUUACUUUUUCACCAUGUCCAAUUCUUUGUUAUGCCGAGAGUAAAAGUGGCAAACUUGAAUUAAUUGCAACUGGUAGCGUGUUAUCUUGUGAUCCCAACAGAAUUGUCUUAAAACGAGUAGUUUUGAGUGGUCAUCCAUAUAAAGUAAAUAAAAGAUCAGUGGUUACACGUUUUAUGUUCUUUCACCGAGAGGAUAUCGAAUGGUUCAAGCCGAUCCAAUUGAGGACAAAAUAUGGACGUAGAGGCCACAUAAAGGAACCUCUUGGUACACAUGGACACAUGAAGUGUAUUUUCAAUGGUCAACUAAAGUCUCAAGAUACAGUGUUGAUGAAUUUGUAUAAACGAGUUUUUCCAAAAUGGACUUAUGAACUUAUGAACCAAUAA